AUGGCGCAGUGGGAGAUGCUGCAGAAUCUCGACAGUCCAUUUCAGGAGCAGCUCCACCAGCUCUACUCAAAUAGCCUCCUGCCCGUGGACAUUCGACAGUACUUGGCUGUCUGGAUUGAAGAUCAAAACUGGCAGGAGGCUGCACUGGGCAAUGAUGAUUCCAAGGCUAACAUGCUCUUCUUCCACUUUUUGGAUCAACUCAACUAUGAGUGUGGCCCCUACGGUCAGGACUCCGAGUGCUUAUUGCUACAGCACAACUUGCGAAAAUUUGCUAGGGACAUUCAGGCAAGUUCCAAGGGUCCUGCCCAGUUGGCUGAAAUGAUCUUUAAUCUUCUUCUGGAAGAAAAAAGAAUUCUGAUCCAGGCUCAGAAGGCUCAGCUGGACCAAAGAGAAUCAGCUGUCAAUGCACCUGUGGAGAGCCAACAGCAUGAGAUUGAAUCCCGAAUCCUGGAAUUAAGGUCUAUGAUGGAGAAGCUGGUGAAGUCCAUUAGCCAACUGAAAGACCACCAGGAUGUCUUUUGCUUCAGAUUCAAGACCCAGACCCCAGUGAGGACACCUUCUUUGGACCCUCAUCAGGCCAAACAGCAGCAGGUUUUGCAGGAAACUAUCAAUGAACUGGACAAAAAGAGAAAGGAGGUACUGGAUGCCUCUAAAACACUGCUGGGCCGAUUGACUACCCUGAUCGAGCUACUGCUGCCAAAGUUGGAGGAGUGGAAAGUCCAGCAGCAAAAAGCCUGCAUCGGAGCCCCUGUAGACCAUGGGCUGGAACAUCUGGAGAAGUGGUUCACAGAUGGAGCAAAGCUGUUGUUUCAUUUACGGCAGCAAUUAAAGGAGCUGAAGGGAUUGAGUGAUAUGAUUACCUAUUCCAAGGACCCUCUGGCCAAAGGGGUAGACUUGCGGAACGCCCAGGUCACAGAGUUGCUACAGCGCCUGCUCCAAAGUGCCUUUGUGGUAGAAACCCAGCCUUGCAUGCCCCAAACUCCCCAUCGACCCCUCAUCCUCAAGACUGGGAACAAGUUCAGUGUUCGAACAAGGCUACUGGUGAGACUGCAGGAAGGCAAUGAGCCACUGACUGUGAAAGUCUCCAUUGACAGGAAUCCUCCUCAAAUACAAGGCUUCCGGAAGUUCAACAUUCUGACUUCAAACCAGAAAACUUUGACCCCCGACGAGGGACAUAGGCAGGGCUUAAUUUGGGACUUUGGAUUCUUGACUCUGGUGGAGCAACGUUCAAUUGGUUCAGGAAAGGGCAGCAAUAAGGGGCCACUGAGUGUGACAGAGGAACUGCAUAUCAUCAGCUUCAUCAUCAAAUAUACCUACCAGGGUCUGAAGCAGGAGCUGAAAACGGACACCCUCCCUGUGGUGGUUAUUUCUAACAUGAACCAACUCUCGAUUGCCUGGGCCUCAGUUCUCUGGUUCAAUCUGCUCAGCCAAAACCCCCAGAACCAGCAGUUCUUCUCCAGCCCCCCCAUGGCCCCUUGGAGCAUGCUGGGCCCUGCUCUCAGUUGGCAGUUCUCCUCCUACGUCGGCCGAGGCCUCAACCUGGAGCACCUGGCCAUGCUGAGGGACAAGUUGUUUGGGCAGAACUCUAAGGCAGAGAGUGCGUUGUCCUGGGCCAACUUUAUUAAGCGAGAAAGCCCCCCUGGCAAGAUACCAUUUUGGACAUGGCUGGACAAAAUUCUGGAACUAGUACAUGACCAUUUGAAGGAUCUCUGGAAUGAUGGUUACAUCAUGGGCUUUGUAAGCCGGAGCCAGGAGCGCCGGCUGCUGAAGAAGACCGUGUCUGGGACCUUCCUCUUGCGCUUCAGUGAAACGUCGGAAGGGGGCAUUACUUGCUCUUGGGUGGAACACCAGGACGACGAUAAGGUGCUGAUCUACUCUGUGCAGCCCUACACCAAGGAGGUGCUGCAGUCACUCCCGCUGACUGAAAUCAUCCGCCACUACCAACUGCUCACUGAGGAGAACAUACCUGAGAACCCACUGUGCUUCCUCUACCCUCGAAUCCCCCGGGAUGAGGCUUUUGGGCGCUACUACCAGGAGAAAGUUAAUCUCGAGGAACGGAGGAAAUACCUGAAACAUAGGCUCAUUAUGGUCUCUAACAGACAGGUCGAUGAACUGCAGCAACCAUUGGAGCCUAAGUUGGAGCUAGGACAGGAGUCAUUAGACCUGGGGCUGGUACCUGGACAAGAGUCAGGCCUAAGCCUGGAGCUGGGGUCACUGCUGGAUGCAGGAUUGGAUCUGGGGCCGGCACUGGAGCCUGUACUAGAGCCUUCCACAUUGGAGCCCAUGCUGGAAAGCACGCUACCUAUGGUACCACCAAGAGUAGCAGAGCCAAAGCUGGGACCAGAGCUGGAGUCUAUUCUGGAGCCUGUAUCACAGCCAGUGCCAGAGCCAGAACCAGAUUUGCCCCAUGAUCUGAGAUACUUGAGCACUGAAGGAAUGGAAAUCUUCAGAAACUAUUCUAUGAAGAUUGAAGAAAUCAUGCUAAAUGGUGACCCACCAUUGCCUGCUUCGAACACCAUGGAUGAGGUUAACAUCUCCUGCCCCAGCCAUUUCCACAUGGAUGGACACUGGAGUCCUUCUGACUACUAG